AAUUAAUUACUCUUUGUUUUUUGUUGAAACUUUGAAACUACCUUUCCGUAGUUUAUCAAUGGCGAUGAUACGGUAAACCGCUUAAUUAUUAUUAUUAUUAUUAUUAUUAUUAUUUUAUUUUUUCCCCUUUGGUUUUAACAACUUAGAAAAAAAAAAACUUUAACUUUCUCAAUUCGCUACUCGGUACUCAUUCAGCUCUUCAAGAAAGAUUGGAUAGGCUCUAAAACUGAUAAUUCCGGGCAAUGACACUGACAAGUUUGAAAGUUCCUACAAUUUCUAGUGGAUUGACAAAUAGAAAGAGGGAAUGGAACAAGAUAAAUAGGUCUACGGGUUCUAAUUCUUUAUUAAACCAAUCCGAAAUAUGUAAAUUUAGGAAGGAAUUAGGCUACAUAGAUGGUGUGCGAAGCUGCCACCUAUCUGCAGCACAUAGGAAUUCAUUGUUGUCACCAUUAGUGGCACAUAGGAAUCCCCGUUUUCCGGUGUUUCGAAAUCAGUUAAGCUCUGAUUUCGGCGUGGAAGAUGUCAAGGAGACACUCACGUUGAAUGAAAAAGAUGAUGCUGCCCUGUUAAGAUCAAGUUCAACUGGAAGUGUUAAUGUCCGUGAGGUGAAAGUGAAGUCUGUGGAUGUCAAGAGGGAACUUAUUAUGCUUUCUCUGCCUGCGAUUGCUGGACAAGCUAUUGAUCCCUUUGCACAACUGAUGGAGACAGCAUACAUUGGAAGAUUGAGUUCUGUGGCAUUGGCUUCUGCAGGUGUUUCUGUUUCAAUAUUUAAUGUAGUAUCGAAGUUGUUCAAUAUUCCUCUCUUUAGCGUUGCAACUUCCUUUGUUGCUGAAGACAUCUCAAGGAAUGCAAUUGAAAAUUUGUCAGCAGGGAGUACUAAUGGUAAGGCUCUCGAUGGGGUAGCUGAAAGAAAGCAAUUAUCCUCAGUGUCUACUGCUUUACUUCUGGCAAUUUUGAUUGGAAUCUUUGAGGCAUUGGCAUUAUCUCUUGGCUCUGGAUUAUUUCUUAAGUUGAUGGGAGUACCCUCAACAUCAGAUAUGCAUGUUCCGGCAAAACAAUUUCUUUCACUUAGAGCUCUUGGGGCUCCUGCUGUGGUAGUCUCUUUGGCUCUUCAAGGAAUUUUCCGUGGGUUCAAAGAUACACAGACUCCUGUUUUUUGUUUAGGUGUUGGUAAUUUAUCAUCCAUAUUGUUUUUCCCCUUAUUUAUGUAUGGCCUUCGAAUGGGUGUGACGGGGGCAGCUCUCUCCACUGUUUUAUCUCAGUACAUUGUUGCCUUUCUGAUGAUUAGGUAUUUAAACAAGAAAGUUGUAUUACUGCCCCCAAAGAUGGGGGCAUUGCAAUUUGGUAGCUACAUAAAAUCUGGUGGCUUUCUUAUCGGACGAACUCUUUCAGUGCUAAUAACAAUGACACUGGGGACUUCUAUGGCUGCUCGUCAGGGUUCACUGCCUAUGGCUGCGCAUCAGAUAUGCAUGCAAGUAUGGCUGGCUGUAUCUCUUCUAACAGAUGCACUUGCAACAUCUGCUCAGGCAUUGAUUGCAAGUUACCUAUCUGAAGGCGAACUAGAGACUGUGAAGGAAAUUGCAAACUUUGUAUUGAAGAUAGGGUUUGUCACAGGUGUUUUGUUGGCUGCAAUCCUAGGUGUAUCCUUUGGUUAUUUGGUCCCCUUGUUUACCCAAGAUGCUGAGGUUCUGGGAAUUCUUAAAACUGGAGUGCUGUUCGUUAGUGCUAGUCAACCUAUAAAUGCUUUAGCAUUUAUAUUUGAUGGUCUUCAUUACGGUGUCUCGGACUUCCCUUAUGCAGCUUGUUCUAUGAUGUUAUUGAGUGCCAUCUCUUCUGCAUUUUUGCUCUUUGCUCCAAAAGUUCUCGGUCUUCAAGGGGUUUGGUUGGGCCUAACUCUCUUUAUGGCUCUGCGAAUGACAGCAGGAUUUGUCAGAACACUAUCAAAAACCGGGCCUUGGUGGUUCCUUCACAGUGACUUGGAGAGAGCUUGAACGUGCCGUCAAGAAGCUCUGCUACCCAUCUACAUCUCAUCUCCGAGAUAAACUGACCUGUAGAGUGGAAGGGCUGCAUCAGGGGAUCCAGUAAUGUAGUCUUGGAAGGUUUGAGACAUAAAAAUGUGUUUGAGCUUUUUUUCACCCUUGAAUCCAGUGGCCAAGAUGACAAGGUCCGCUUCUAUCGGUGAAGUCUCGCCUUCGACCAAAACGCCAUUGUUGCAGAAACUAAAACUUGGGGCCUUUUUCAAUUUGAUUUCUCCAUUUUCAACCUUGUCAUAGAAUUUUUCAGGGACAGUUGAGAUCAAACAUGAGCUGAUUUCUUUGAGGAAGCUAUGUGUUGGGACCAUCCCAUGUUUUUCCAAACGAAGCUUCUUUUUAAUAUCACUUUCAACAAAUUUUGAAUAUGCA